AUGUCCGAGCAACGUAGGCUCGAAAUUGCCGCCAAACGCGCUCGGCUAGAUGCCUUGCGUGCCCAACGCGUCGAACGCCAAGCCCAGGCCCUUGAACGACGAUCUGGCGCUGGAACACCAUCUUCUCCCAGUCUCAACGCAACAGACCCACGGCGUACGGAUGUAAACGCUAUCCUAGAGGGAAUAUUGGGUCCGGAAGGGGGUGCAAGUGGCGCACGUACGCCGGCUGGGAGUACACCACCUGGCAGCAUGCCCGGUACACCUGCGCGUGGUGGCCGCGUGAGCGGACUUGGGUUGGGAUUUGGCGCGGGAGGACGGACAAGUGAUGCGGGAGGCAGCACACUCGUCGGGACGGGCAGCGCGCUGGGUACGGGGAUCGGCACGGCGGAGAGCGAUGUUGGGACGCGCGCGAGCGUGGAUUUGAUCGAAGUCGAGCAGGAGCUGUUCGAACUACCGGUUCGGGAAAGGGUGCUAUACAACAAAGAAAUCCAAACUGCCGCGUUCGACGACGACGACGAUCAACAUGACGCAGGCGGAGUGGGCACAUCUACCCUGCCCGGGCCUUCUCUCGAUGAUAUUCAUGCGAAGUCACAAAUGAUGGACGAGGACGCUGCACUGGAAGCGGAGAGUAUCGCACUAGACGCCGAGAUCGCGGCAGCGAUACGCGAAUUGAGCGACGACGAGCGAGCGCACAUCGUUUCCGCGCCGGAAUUCUUGGACUUUGUCGAACAAAGCAGCAAGAUCGUCCAACGCGCGCUUAACGACGGUUACGACUAUAUCACGGAUUAUACCCUUGGUGCGCCUUCGGACGAUGCGGGCGACGGAGCAGGACGCGUCAAACGCGUCGCGGCGUUUUGGGACGAGCGCUUAUUGAAGAACCGAUCCAUCACUGACUUGGACUGGAGCCCAAAGUACCCGGAGCUUACCGCCGCGGCGUACAACAAGAACGCGGGCGCUCUGAACGAGCCGGACGGUCUGGUCUGCGUAUGGAAUGCGCAUCUACUUGCUAGACCGGAGUUUGUGUUUCAGAGCCAGAGCGACGUGCUAAGCGCUACGUUCAGCCCUUUCCACCCCAAUUUGAUAUUUGGUGGAACGUAUGCUGGGCAGAUCUUGCUGUGGGAUACGAGGGCGAGGCAUCUGCCUGUGCUCAAAACGCCGCUUGGUGCUGCGGGCCAUACGCAUCCUGUAUACGCGUUAUCUGUCAUCGGCAGUCAAAACGCGCACAAUCUUAUCUCGGCGUCUACGGAUGGACUUGUAUGCUCGUGGCUAGUCGACAUGCUCGCACAACCUCAAGAGUCCCUUGAGCUAGUCCAUACAGGACACUCAAAGACGGGCGAAGUCGCCAUCACGAGCUUGGCUUUCCCCGAUGCCGAACACGGCGCUUUCUUCGUCGGCACAGAAGAAGGCGCAGUCUACCACGCCCACCGACACGACCGUGCGGGGUUCAAAGCCGGUCUCUCGGCCGCAGACGUCUACCGUGCACACGGCGCGCCCGUAUUCGGCUUACACUUCCACCCUGCAACCGGCCCGGUUGACUUUGGCGAUCUCUUCCUAACUGCGUCGGCGGACUGGACGGUGAAGCUUUGGCGGGCCCAGGGCAGGACAGCUACCGCGCCAUCGCAGAACACCCAGGUCAACGGAGGGAGUGUUGGCGCGAGCGGUGGUUUGGGCAAGGCGAAGGGCGAGAACAGCGUGCCUCCGCUCUACAGCUUUGACGAAGCGGACGACUACGUGUACGAUGUGAGGUGGCACCCUGCGCAUCCGGCUGUGUUCGGCGCUGUAGACGGGAGCGGGAGAUUCGAUGUGUGGAACUUGAAUGCGGAUACGGAGGUGCCCGUCGUAUCAACGCCUGCUUCACCCCGCGCAUUGAACAAGCUCCGCUGGGAUGCAAAAGACGGUCGGCGCUGCGCCGUCGGUGGCUCAGAGGGCAAACUCAUUGUAUAUGAUAUUGGAGACAUGGCGCUUCCGCGCGAGACAGAGUGGGCAGACUUGCAGAAGACGCUUGCUGGUCUCGCCGCUCCGCCAGAAGAAGCAGGACUGACGAAUGGGGUUGGAGGGGGAAGUCUGAGCGGUGGUACGAGAGGGAGGUGA